AUGUCUCUAAGUAGUCAAAUAUCGCCUCUGAGCAAUCGUUACUCAAGAAGUAAAGAAAAGUAUAAUGACAUUGAAAAUCCUUAUGCAUCUCAAAGUAAACCUAUAUACCGAUACGUAAAAUUGGGAUUUUUAAUUAUUUACUGGUCAAUAUUUACCUUAUUAUUGAUGACUAAAAGCGAUAAACCGGGAAUGAUGAAUCAUUUAUCAAUACCAAGUCACAAAGUAAGCAACGUUGAGAUUGCAGAUGAACCAAUAAGUAAUAAAGUCAAGUUGAAUCUCGAGGGUCCACUAUUGCCCACACUAAAGACAGAUGAUGCUAAUCCCUCAUCAUAUCAUCUCCUUGUCUGGCUUGAAUUAAUUACCAGUGAUUAUAAUAAAUCUCAAAAUUUGACUGAGCGACUGGUGAUUCCGAUUCUACCGCCAGAUUUGCUUAAAAUUUUCCCACACCAAAAUGUUCAAAAAACUUUGCAUAUUAGUAAUUAUGUCAAUAGAUCGGGUAAUUAUUCGGUGCGAUCGAAUUUUGAAUCUAAUUUACCGAUAGAGAUUAAAAUUUCUUAUGCUUUUGAUCUGUCACCGGCGAGUCCUGAGGCAGGACUAAUUUAUGGAACAGUUAUUUUGUUGGGUCUUUAUAUUUCGAUUAUUUUUGAAAUUAUUAAUCGCGCUCUCGCUGCUAUGCUCGCUUCUACGAUGUCUCUAGCUGUCUUGGCAUUUUUAAAUGAGCGACCGACAACGACAGAAUUAAUGUCAUGGAUCGAUAUCGAUACACUGUUACUAUUAUUUUCAAUGAUGAUACUCGUAGCAAUUUUAGGAGAGACCGGACUUUUUGAUUUUCUGUCCGUAUUUGCUUACAAGAUAACUAACGGAAAAAUUUGGCCGCUAAUUUAUACCCUGUGUUUUUUCACUGCAGUAUUAUCCUCGUUUUUGGACAAUACUACAAUGGUAUUACUAAUGACUCCCGUAACAAUAAGACUCUGUGAAGUAAUGGAGCUAAAUCCUGUACCAAUACUGACAGCAAUGGUUAUAUUUUCAAAUAUCGGAGGUACGCUAACGCCUGUUGGUGACCCGCCAAAUGUUAUUAUCACCACCAACUCAGAAGUCAUCAAAGCGGGAAUGAAUUUCAAUUACUUCGUGUUACACAUGAGUAUUGGCGUAGUAAUGGCCCUAUUGGUAGCAAGUGUUCAACUAAAAUACAUAUUUCGGGACAUGAAACUCCUAAAAUACCCCGAGCCUCAAGAAAUCCAAGAGCUGAAACACGAAAUCGCUAUUUGGCAACGUGCUGCUGCAAGUUUGUCCAGUUACAGCCGUGAAGAAAAAUUAGUUCGUGAUAUAUUAUUAAAAAAAGUAAAAUCAUUAAGUACUUUGUUGAAUAAUAAAUUAGCUACUGGCAGUAGUAAUUUAUCAAAAUAUAAAUCUACUCUCGAAGAACUACAAGAAAAGUACCCGAUACGUGACAAAUGGCUGCUAUUAAAAUCGAGUAUUACAUUAAUAUUUGUGAUAAUACUUUUUUUUUUGCACAAUUUGCCAAACGUUAAUUUAUCACUUGGGUGGACGACCUUGUUAGGUGUUUUUCUUAUUCUCAUACUUGCGGAUACAAAAGAUUUAGAUGGAAUUUUGGCACGAGUGGAGUGGAGUACCUUGAUAUUUUUUGCGGCCUUGUUCAUCCUUAUGGAGGCACUUUCAUCUAUGGGUUUAAUUGCAUGGAUUGGCAAGCAAACCGAACGGGUAAUACUGUCAGUAAACGAAGACUUCAGACUAGCGGUUGCUAUAAUUUUAAUUUUGUGGGUAUCGGGAAUCGCGAGCGCGUUUGUUGAUAACGUCCCUUUGACGACAAUGAUGGUCAGGAUUAUAACUAAUUUGUCGCAAAAUGACCAACUUGGGCUGCCACUUCAGCCGCUGGUUUGGGCUUUGUCCUACGGCGCUUGCAUGGGAGGUAAUGCAACUCUCAUUGGAGCUACGGCAAAUGUUGUUUGCGCUGGUGUUUCUGAGCAACAUGGAUACCCAUUUACAUUUAUGCAAUUUUUCAAAAUGGGGUUUCCAAUAACGAUAGGCAGUCUUGUGACAACUACUAUUUAUCUUCUCAUAGCUCAUAUUGUUUUCCAAUGGCACUGA